AUGUCGUCUUUGCCAGGAACGGUACCGAGGAUGAUGCGACCGGCUCCCGGUCAGAACUACCCACGGACCGGAUUCCCUCUGGAAGUGUCCACUCCUCUGGGCCAGGGUCGCGUGAACCAGCUCGGGGGGGUGUUCAUCAACGGCCGGCCCCUGCCCAACCACAUCCGCCAUAAGAUAGUGGAGAUGGCCCACCACGGCAUCAGGCCCUGCGUCAUCUCCAGACAGCUGCGGGUCUCCCACGGGUGCGUGUCCAAGAUCCUCUGCCGCUACCAGGAAACCGGAUCCAUUCGGCCUGGAGCUAUAGGAGGCAGCAAACCCAGGCAGGUAGCCACUCCGGACGUGGAGAAGAGGAUAGAGGAGUACAAACGGGACAACCCCGGAAUGUUCAGCUGGGAGAUCCGGGAUAAGCUGCUGAAGGACGGCGUGUGUGACAGAAGCACAGUCCCUUCAGGUGAGGCCUCCUCUGUGAGUUCCAUCAGUCGUGUACUUCGAGGUAGAUUUGGAAAAAAGGACGACGAAGAUGAGUGUGAUAAAAAAGAUGAAGACGGGGAGAAGAAAACCAAACACAGUAUCGACGGCAUCCUCGGCGACAAAGGCAGUCGAAUGGAUGAAGUAUCAGAUGUUGAGUCGGAGCCUGACCUUCCCCUGAAGAGGAAGCAGCGCAGAAGUCGAACCACGUUUACAGCAGAGCAGCUGGAGGAGCUGGAGAAAGCUUUUGAAAGAACUCACUAUCCUGACAUCUACACCAGGGAGGAACUGGCCCAAAGGACCAAACUCACCGAGGCCCGCGUCCAGGUCUGGUUCAGUAACAGACGGGCCAGAUGGCGAAAACAGGCAGGAGCAAACCAGCUAGCAGCAUUCAACCACCUGUUGCCAGGUGGAUUUCCUCCUACAGGGAUGCCGACACUUCCAACAUACCAGCUGCCAGAGACCACCUACCCAACCAACACACUGUCACAAGACACUGGUGGUACAGUUCACCGGCCCCAGCCUCUACCUCCGUCCACCAUCCACCAAGGCGGUCUGUCCAGCACUGACACCAGCUCUGCCUAUGGUUUAGCUUCGAACCGCCACGGUUUUUCCAGUUAUUCUGACACCUUCAUGGGCUCUGCAGCACCAAGCAACCAUGUCAACCCUGUCAGCAACGGACUGUCCACACAGGUGAUGAGCAUUCUCAGUAACCCCAGCAGUGUUACCUCACAACCACAGCACGACUUUUCCAUCUCUCCACUCCAUAGCGCCUUGGACUCCUCCCCACCCAACGCUAUCACAGCCAGCUGCAGCCAGCGUUCAGCUGAGGCCACCAUUAAGACUGUGGACAGCCUCCCGUCAUCCCAGUCAUAUUGUCCUCCAACUUACAGCACCACCAGCUACAGUGUGGACCCCGCUGUGGCAGCUGCCAGCUAUCAGUACAGUCAGUACAGCCAGACUACGGUGGAUUACCUGGCCAAGAAUGUCAGCCUGUCGAGCCAGCGCAGGAUGAAGCUGGCGGACCACUCAGCUGUAUUGGGACUGCUUCAGGUUGAGACAGGCCAGGCCUACUAGGACUCACCUGCUUUACCUGAACACACCACCUGGUUACAAGCACAAUCUCCACUUCCUGCUACCAUCGACACAAAUCUCCCAGAGAGCAUACGUGUGUUUACAUGUGGGCCAUAGGUGACAAUGCAGCUUAUGAUGAGCUGUCUUGGAUUCUGUUGAGUUUGUUGAAGCAUUAGCAUACAUGGGUCGUUAUUAUUCUUCAUCCAGGCC